CGCGACGUGCGCGCUAGUGACCUUCGCCGAUGAGUUCAGAGGAUCAGGAAGAGGAGCGCAACAAGUAUGCAUGUCGGUGCUAAUGCGCAAUGCUAAUCCCAGUGUCGUGGUCAAGGUCGGCAUGGUCGGCGACUCGCAAAUCGGCAAGACCAGUCUAAUGGUCAAAUACGUGGACGGCAUCUUUGACGAGGACUAUCUGCAGACGCUCGGCGUCAACUUCAUGGAGAAGACCAUCUCCAUUCGCAAUACUGAGAUAACCUUCUCCAUCUGGGACCUUGGAGGGCAGCGCGAGUUUGUCAAUAUGCUGCCCCUUGUCUGUAACGACGCUGUGGCCAUUCUCUUCAUGUUUGACCUGUCUCGCAAGUCAACGCUCAAUAGUAUUCGGGAAUGGUAUAGGCAAGCGCGCGGCUUCAACAAGACGGCGAUCCCAUUUCUUGUCGGGACAAAGUAUGAUCACUUUGUCAACUUCCCAGCGGAAGACCAGGAGGAAAUCACGAAGCAGGCACGCAAAUUUGCAAAAGCCAUGAAGGCGAGUCUCAUCUUUUGCUCAACAAGUCACACCAUCAAUAUCCAAAAGAUCUUCAAGAUUGUGCUCAGUAAAGCGUUUGAACUCAAGUGCACGAUUCCCGAGGUGACGGAAAUUGGGGAGCCGAUUCUGGAGUAUAUCCAUGCUGGCUGA